AUCUCUUCCUCUCUCUUACUCCUCCUCUCUUCUAGCCUUUGGGCCCAGCGUUGCGUAGCACGCCCUUCUCUCUCUUGUCAAUUUAUUAUCUUUUCAUCUCACAUUCGCAUUUUUUGCUAUAAUGUCUGCUCCUGAGGUCACCGCUGCUGUUCCCGUCCCCGCUGAGGAAGUCAAGGUUGCUGAAACCCCCGCCGCCGAACCCGCCCCUGAGCCUUCCGCUGCUGAAGAGCCUGCUCCUGUUGCUGAAGCUCCAAAGGAGGAGGCUAAGGCUGAAGAGGCCGCCCCAACCCCCGAGGCCGCUCCUGAGGCCCCCGCAGAGUCUGCCAAGGAGGAAGCCAAGACUGAGGCCAAGAAGGAGGAACGCCCCAAGAGUCCCAGCCUCCUUGCCAAGCUCCUUGCCCCCUUCAAGGAUGGCAAGACCAAGGUAGAGAAGAAGGUGAAGGCUCCCAAGAGUCCCAAGAAGGAUAAGAAGAAGGAAGAAUUGAAGGAGGAGGCUGCUCCCCCUGCUGAGGAGCCUGCCAAAGAGGAGGCGCCUCCCGCUGAGGCAAAGGUUGAGGAGACCCCUGCUGUCGCCGAGCCUUCCGCAGCUCCGGAGCCUGCAGCUGAGCCUAUCAAAGAAACUGAGACCGCUGCCGCUGAAGCCCCCGCUGCAGAGCCCGCACCUGAGCCCGCCCCGGAGGCCGUAGCUGAGGCCCCCAAGGAGAACAAGGCUGCCAAAGUUGGACGCCGUCUGUCUGCACGUGUGGGCGACCUUUUCUUCAGAUCCAAGCCAAAGACGGAGAGCUCGACUCCCGCCAAGGUGGACGAGCAUCCCCCCGUGAUUGAUGAACCAGCUCCGGUUGCUCCCCUUGAGAACCCCGCUAGUUCGGAGCCCGCUCCCGCAGAGGCUGCUGAACCUGCCGUCGAGGAGCCCGUCCCUACUGAGCCCGCACUCGCUGCCACCCCUGUGAUCUCGGCUGUCGCAUAAGCGCUUACUCCGAGGUUGUUGGUAAUAUCAUGAACGACACGAGCGCAUAUUCAUCUGCUCCUCUUUAUUCCAUGGGUAUGUUGAGCAGUCUUUCUCACUGCACUUGGUUUUGGUCAUUAUCAGGAUCUCUUCAUUAGCUCCCUCAUUCAUGUCUUUUACCCUCUUCUGCUACCAUACUUGUUGGAUUUGGUCUUUGCUUUCUUUUCACGACCCUACUCAUCAUGACUACAUUCCGAUCCGUGUUUUCACUACCUAAUGUCGAUCUUGAUCAUUGAUACCCUUACUUUGCUAUGGUCGGAUCAGUUAACCAUGUCAUUAAAGUUCUAUCCUGUAAUGAUGUUGGAGGGUUGUAUGAACAUCAAGAGCUCACGCACCCUUUUGGCGAGUUGAAG